AUGAUCGCUGAGAAACAUUGUGCGAAUGAGUAUAUUACGCAAGAAGAUUUGGAUUUUGGACUCUGUUAUGCGACCUAUGGAGGUCACUUGGAUAUUGUGCAAUUAUUUCUGGUAAAGGGCGCCAACAUCAAUGCGCAUUGCGGCAGAUGGGAUUCAGCAGUACAUGCGGCCGUGCGCGGUGGACACAUGAAUAUUCUGGAGCUUUUUGUCAGCAAAGGGGCCGAUGUCAACUCUCAACCGCCAUUAUUUGUGUGUAUUUCUAGAUGGGACACACAAUGUUUGAAGUAUCUUCUCGACCAUGGGAUGAAUAUUGAUAUACAGGAUACACAGCGUGGGACCGCACUACACAAGGCAAUAGCCGAUUGGCAUUAUGCACAUUUCGAUCUGUUGUUGGAAAGAGGCGCUGACAUAAAUGCGCUGAGUGAGAAACUCGGCACGCCGCUCCAGGUAGCAUGCUUGAGAGCAGAAGAACAUAACAACAGAUAUGAACCCCACAAACUUUACUACGUCGAGAAGCUCUUGGACUGCGGCGCAGAUCCCAACAUUCGUGGUGGAGAGUACGCCACAGCGCUACAAGCUGCGUGCAAUAUUAUCUCCCUAGGUGAAAUGGAGUUCCCAAUAAAAGCCGUUCAGCUUCUUAUUGAGCACGGCGCUGAUGUGAAUGCUCAAGGAGGGCACUGGGGCUCAGCUCUUCACGCAGCGGCAGCGUCGCGAUUCUCCGAGGAAAAGGUCGAGUUGAUGAAGUUGCUCCUUGAUAAUGGUGCCAAAGUCGACCAAAAAGGUAAUGACAACUGGGGCACUCCGCUGCAUGUCGCUUGCUACGAGGGGACCAUUGAGGCAGUGCGCUUGCUAGUUGACCGAGGUGCCGAUGUCAACGCUGAAGGUGGUCGAUUCGGCACGCCAAUACUGGCUGCUGCUGCUCGACAAGACUCCUUACCAAUUUUCAACCUCCUUAUGGAUAAAGGCGCCAACAUCAACUAUCAAGGCGGAGAGUAUGGAUCUGCGCUACAGGCCUUUUUUCACCGCUUUCCCCAAGAAGCUGAAACGUUCCGCUCUCUCCUCAAACACUGCCUAGAUGUCAAUGCCAAAGGCGGAAAGUAUGGGACGGCACUCAUAGCUGCCUGUACACGUGACUGGGGCGAAAAGUGUGUGCGGUUGCUGCUGGAUCAUGGCGCCGACGUGAAUGCACAAAGUGAGGAGUAUGGAACGGCACUCAUCGCUGCGUGCCAGUCACAUUUUGAUGAGGGAAACACCCAAAUAAUACGAUGGCUGUUGGAUUGCGGCGCUGAUGUAAAUGCACAAGGCGGCAAGCAUGGAACGGCGCUCUCAGCUGCGUGCAGUUGUGACUACUAUGAAGCGGUGGAGUUGCUGCUCAACCACGGCGCAAAGUUCCAUCUCCAAGACUGCGCCGCGUGGUAUUCGGUCAUCCGUCGUAUAGCCACUCACAGAUGCGUCACCGCUGUACUUGAACUUCUCCUUUCUCACGGCAUGGACAUCAAUCAUGAGCACGCAGAGUAUGGCACUGCCCUACACGCUAUGAUGAAGGAGAAACAAACAGGCUCAAAAUGGCAUGAAGGGAUCAGUGUGCUACUCAAGCACCAUAUGAAUCCAAACAUCGUAAACGAGCGAUUAGGCUCUGCGCUGCACAUAGCGUGUGCGAUCAAGCACGAAGAUGUACAUGCAGAUUUCAUCAUAGAUUGCAUGAAUUGUACGGAUAUCAGCAUUUCAUCCAGGAGAACAGAGUAUCUUCUUGAACAAUGUCCGAACAUUGAUGUCAAUGCACAAGGCGGAACGUUCCAUACAGCUCUCCAGGCCGCCGCCUAUUCGGGCCAGGCCCUAUCAGUAAGGAUGUUGCUAGACAGAAACGCUAGCAUUAAUGCACGCGGUGGAAAAUACCACACCGCCUUGAACGGGGCUAUCAUCAGUGGUCAUUGGAACAUUGUCAAAAUUCUGCUUGAGGCUGGCGCUACACCUGAUUGCCAUCUGCAAGAGCAGCCUGACGAGGACUGGCUUCAGAUUUUUUUCAAGGAGGACGGCCGAAGAGCAGUAGAAAGAUAUAGAAAGUUUUGGGAAGUGGAAUUGGGUAAGCAAGGCGGAAGAAGAAGAGCUUCGAACUCAUGA